CAAUGAUCAAGAGUGUAAAGAAAAUUAAGUAAAUGACGUCGUAAGAGUGAAAUUAAAAAGUAAUCAAUUAUCGGGUCAUUUUUUGGAUCAACUUUUACGAAUCGUUCUGACGAGAGGGAGAGAGAUUAUCGGCUUUAAUUCGAUUUUUCAAGUCCGUCCGAGUGGGAUUCAUCCCAACCCCUGAUAUCUGGAGGGGCUAAUGUGAAAUAAGCCCGUGUAAUUUUCUUAUCAGUCCUACGAAAUCUUGAAUAAACGAUGGAUAAACGAGACCGAGAUUGGCAUUGGAGUUAAGACGAAAAAAAAAAAAGAACGAUUUCGACGAGCGAAACUUUUUCUUCUCUUCGUCCUUCUUCUCUUUGCCUUUCGAAUGCAAUUGCCGUCGUAAAUCUCGCGGUAAAGUUUGUUGUGCGGCAAACGGGCAGACGUUUCUCUCCCGAACGAUACGAUAGAUCGGUCUCUUGACCUCGCGGUAUAAAGAUUUAAUAGCAUCGCGAAGUCAAGCGAACUUAUUCGCCUUUUGACAAAGAUCGAUCUCGCCCGUCGACGUAGAUAUCGAGCAAACGUCAUUCGGCUUGCAUCUUCCGAUUCGAUUGUCCUUUCCUCGUUCUCGUUUGUGGACUCAUUUUCUACACGGACCUAAUCUAGGACCUAAUGUCUACGCUUUGUUAGGAUUACUACAAAUUAAUUCUAUCCAUCGACAGAGGUUAUAGAGACGUCGAAGUGGUUCCAGUUAGGUAGGCCACCCUGUAUAUAAUAUAGGAGUUUUUGGAAAAGAGGAACGUUCCCAAAGAAGCAAAGAAAAUAAAGAAGAAACGGGAAAAGAAGAGUAAAGAAGAGAAGAAGUGGUUGGAAAUGGAAGGAGUCGGAGAUAAGGGGCGUGAGCAAAUGGCGGCAAACGAACGAAUCCCAACUCGCGUGCAUCGUUUGGGGUGGUCCCAAGGAGCACGCCCACCCUAACGGUGACGUCACCAAGUGACAUGCGCGCCAAUGUCAUGUCACCCCCGUCAAGUUCGGCGCGUCGCGCUGCGCUCGAGCGUAUCGGCCACCACUCAGAUAACGGAGACACCGACGACGACGCAUCUCUCUGCUCUGCCGGUACGAAUGGGUUCGCCGAACGUGAUGGUGAACGGGAGCGUGGUGCAAAUCCCAGGACAAGUACAUGGAGGUCAGGGCCUGACUCUGGCACCGUUGACACCACCUGCCCACGAAUUAGAGCAGCCGCAUCCGUUGUACGGGCAACCUCAUCAUAUACAGGUGCAACACGGGGUGCUGGUAAAGGCACCACCCGGUGGUGCUCCACAUUUGACGACCCUUUCGCAUCCAGGCACACCACCGGACACGCCGCCGGUCUCUGCCUCUCCACCCCCGUUGCAGCUGCAUCGCGCCGAGCGAGACCCUCGCGAACGCAGCGGACUCCUAUUGCAUCUGCAACAACCUGGAUCCAUAUUACAAGAUGACAUGCAAGUUGGACCCGCCAUCGGAAUGGGCUGGCUCACCCAGUCCCUCAGACAAGAACCGUUGGAUCUUAGACCUCACUGUCCUCAGGAACAAGGCCAGGAGCCUCAUCACGAAGCUUGGCCCUCGUCUACCGCGAGCCAUCAUCACUUUCAGGAGCACCAACACUUGCCGAGACAUACAAGGCAUCCCGGUAACGGCGAUCGGAUAAAAGAGUUUAACGACAAGAGAGGCUCGUUAUCGCCCACAGGUGGGUACAUCACAAUGUCCAGUCACAUCGAGUACUAUGGCGGUCCAGGUUCAGGCGGCGGGAUGCUUCCCGCGGGCGGGGGUGUGAUGCAGAGCAUGGAGGAUAGCAUGCAAGGGAUGCCCAUGCAACCGGGUAGACCGUUGAGCGUUUGCUCGGUCAGUUCUUGUGGAGCCAGUGGUCCAAGUCCUGCUCACAGAACUGCCAAUGGACUUUACUCGAGCUGCGGACCGGCCAAUUCGCAGGAGGAGCUCAUGAACGACGAGCUCCUCAUGUCGCUCUCCGUACGCGAAUUGAACAAACGCCUCCAUGGUUGCCCGCGGGAAGAGGUGAGUCAGGUCGUCCGUUUGAAGCAAAAACGUCGGACUUUGAAGAAUCGGGGAUACGCGCAAAACUGUCGCAGCAAACGACUACAGCAACGUCACGAUCUCGAGACGACCAAUAGUAAUCUACAAAAUGAGCUUCAACGAAUGAAGGUCGAAUUGGCUCGGACCCAACAGGAACGGGAUCUCUACAAGCAACGCUGUGAAAUAUUGAGGGCUCGUCAGACUCAUAGUCAUCACAGUCAUAGUCACAAUCAUCAUCAACAACAACAACAACAACAACAAGCCCCUCAGCCGACGCAGCAACAGCAGCCGCAGCAAGCUCAGCAGCAGCAGCAUCCUCAGCAACAACAGCAGCCACCGCCACCGCAACAGCAACAACAGGCGCAGCAACAUCAACAACAGCAGCAACAACAACAACAGCAGCAGCAGCAGCAACAACAGCAACAACAGCAACAACAACAACAACAACAACAGCAACAACCGGCACCAGCGAGCCCGGAGGUCUAUCUAUGACAUCGACAGCGCCGAGGAGGCGCUUGCUGGACCUGAACUCGAUUAUCUCGAUAUCGAAUACUUGAGCCGCUUCUCGAGAACUAUCGUGGAUCGAGAAAUGGAAUCGAAGAUGGAAGGAAGAUGCGAGCGAUAUCCUCGGAGAGAUGGCGUUAUCUCGACAACGCGCCUAAUUCCGAAAAAUGAUAGAUACUAAAAUGCUCUAUGCGUGCGUGUAUACAGAUUAUAAAGAAGGUUUAUAAGAGGAUAGAUGGCUUUCGGUUUCUUUCAUUUUUCUUUAUCACGACACCUCCUCGUUCCUCCGUUCGCGUUCGAACCUAAACAAUCUGCAUAGAAUUACGUUCGGUGAAAGCCAAGAGAUACAAGGGAUAAAGUCAAGCAUGUUUUGCGUAGGAGGAAUGGAGGAGGAAAGGAAGAAGGGAGGUUACUUAUAAUUAAGUUAAGGAAAAUGUAGAAUUAAGGUACACAACAGGAAUUCGAACAGACAGAAUCUUUGUUCUUUUCUUCUUUUUAAGUUACUUUUUAAGAAACGCCGACGACUGUCGCUCGGGUUUACCUGUGUAUAUUAUAUAUACCUACAAUUCAUCCUACAUCGUUUAUGUAAUAUACGAUCUCGUAGCUCUGAAGAAUAGCCUAUCUAUCGUCGCGCGAGGCUCAUCGGUCGACAGUAUUUUUCAAGAUUAUCCGCGAGCGAAGAACUCGCGCUCUCUUCUAACGUCAAUUUUACUAUUACAAUUAGGGCAUUCACGGAAGUUUUUUCCUUUCCUCUAUCUCAUUCUAUCCGUUAUCCAUUAUCGUUUUCCUACGCGAGAUUGACAUUAUCUCUCUCUCUCUCCCUUUUUUUACUUCAUUUUAUUUCUUUUAACCCUAUUUCACCUAUGGUCUAGAUCGAUUUGUCUCUUCCGUGAGUCGAAUAGGACAAAGAGAAACUUUGAUCGUUAAUAUAUAUUAUCGCGUAAUUAGAUCUCCCGCGCAAAGGAUCGAAAAAGAGGCAUACAUCGUUUCAAUGUGAUCAUGGCACAAAAAGUAAUCGGUAUACGGUAAUACCUGUACGGUAUUUCUCCACGACUUGGCUUCUUCGACGAGGAAGAAUGGACGAAUGGAAAAGUAAAGAAGAAGAGAAAGAGGAGGAUGAAUUGAUGGAAGAAGGAUCUUCAUCUCUAUCGAUACUUACAAAUUCGAUAGAACGAACGAAGAAGUCGAGUGAUUAACAUGCGUUAGACGAUGGCGUAACUUUGACUUUUGAGAAGAACGACGAUCCUUUUACGUAGGAAGGAUAUAAGAAGGUAAGAGAAACCAGGGAAAAGGUCUAUUCGACGAAAUUAAUGAGGAAAAUAAGAAUGAGUCGAUGCCAAUGGUCCUAUUGGUCCAUAUUUAACGAGAACGUUUAUCUACGCGCGCAAAGCUACGCCACCGAUCCUAAUUAGAAAAGAAUAUUAUGCAUAUAAAAAAGCAUAUAUAUAUAUAUAUAUACAUAAUAUAUAUAUAUAUAUAUAUAUAUAUAUAUAUAUAUAUAUAUAAAUAUAUUAUUGUUUUCUCGUACGGACGACGCUUGGGUCCGUACCACCACGGGCCGAGACUUGUCCGAUUCGAUUUAAGAAUGUUUUAAUUCCCGUUGCAUCGUCUCUCGUGUGUACAUAAAAGUAAUUAUUAUACUUCUUAUUAUAAAUAAACGUCGACAAAAAAUCCGACAGUUUCAGACAGUCGA